CGCGGGACGUGGCGUUUUGUUCUAAGGCUGUCCGUUUCUCGGUGUGUCGAUAUUCGCCCUGAAGUCCAGAUUUAGGUCACGGCUCUGUGGUUUGUCCGGUGUUUUUAUAUGAACUACUGAGGCUCCAGAAUGGAUCCUAACACGGACUCUGGGUUGGGCUCCACAAAGUCCAGUGACAACAGUCAGAGCGGAGAAGCCUCUAAGAGCCCACAGGAGAGUCGGCGCCUCAGUAUCCAGCGCUGCAUUCAGUCUCUGGUGCAUGCCUGCCAGUGUCGCAACGCCAACUGUUCCCUGCCGUCCUGCCAGAAGAUGAAGCGGGUUGUGCAGCACACUAAAGGCUGCAAGCGCAAGACCAAUGGCGGCUGUCCCGUCUGCAAACAGCUUAUUGCUCUUUGCUGCUAUCAUGCCAAGCACUGCCAGGAGAACAAGUGCCCUGUGCCGUUCUGCCUCAACAUCAAGCACAAACUCCGUCAGCAGCAGCUGCAGCACAGGCUUCAGGAAGCUCGGAUGAUGCGGCGGCGCCUAAUGUUUCAGCGGGCCAUCGGCUCCAGACGCUCCUCGAAGCCCUACCGGGCCUGCGGUCCGCACUGAAGUCGUCUUUUUCUCCUGAGCAGCGUAGAAUCUACUGGUAGCCUUUGUAUCUCUCUGCUCCUUGCCUCUAGAUUACCAGCGCUGUAAUCUGACACCAGUGGUUUCCUUAAUUAUUUGCAAUAUUUAUGAAUUACUCUUUACUUUGACUCUGCAGGGACUGCAAACUUUAAACUCUUCCCAUUAACGCUUUCUCAAACCAUCCGCUUAUAGGAAGAACAGAAAUGCUGUUGACUAAUCCACAAUUAGGCUAAAAGCAUCAUCAGCUGUUUCACACGAUGCUAGCAUCUAAACUUGUGAGAAUAGCAGGGCGUCCAAUAAGAAGUGCCCUCAUUUGAAUAUGCCUCAGGGACUCAUAGGACAGGAUGAGUAAAGGGACUCAGUAUUGGUAGAUGCAUGAUGGCAAACCAGAUAUUCUAACACAGCACACUGAGGACUUUUAGGAUAAAAUAGUUGCUAACACUGUGGUCCCAUACUUGGGCAGAAAUGCCAGUAAUGCUAUCACCAUAGCAACCUUUGCAUGGCUUCAGCGGAAGUUUAUCACCACCAACAUACUGCUGUUGUUGCGAGAAAACCUUGUAUCUCUAUUUUUGUCAGUUUUCAGUUUUUGACAUAGUUUGGACUAAAAGAAACGGCCCAAAAUGACUUGGAAAAAACUCUGGUUCCAUUGACUUACAUGAAAAGUAAAGUAGGUUUUUUCCUUCUCCUGUAAAGUUACAGUUUUGGAGAUACAAGGUUUUCCGACAACAGCGAUAUAUACACACAGCAUGAGAGUUAGGCUUUCAGGCCAUUAAUCUGGUCAAAAAAUCCUACAAUUGUCUGCAGUAAUGCUAAUUUCUGAUAGCACCCCUAUGGGAUUUCUAAUAGAAUGUUAGCACUAAGCAUUUUAGGUUAAACACAGACAUUAACAUAUACUUAUUUGUCCAGUGACUCUCAGUGAACCAAGAAGCGGCCAUGUUUUGCUUUUCUUACAACUGAAAGCAUAUUAGCUCAUAUACACAGUGACGUACCUAGAACCUCCGGAAGGUCUAGAUCAGGGGUGUCAAACUCAACCACUGAAUUUAAUUUUUACUUAACAUUGUGCCGUGACCCAAACGGGCCAUUGUUUAUCCAAAAUAAGCCAAAACUGCAACUAAAAGAUAGGCACUGAAUACUUAUUCAAAAAUAAAAAUAAACUGUUUUAGGCAGGUUUUAAAACUGCCUGUUUGCUUGAACUAGACAUCAGGCAUAUUUUCUUUUUGUGUAACUGCUGACCCUUAGAUUGUUGUUGGGGGAAGGGGGUCAGAACACACACUAUGUUGCAGUGCAUACUGGGGACUGUAGUGCAUCUCAGGGUGAAACAGGCUGAUAAGAAUGGAGAAUUGAAAUAAUUUUGCGGGCCAAACAGGACUGUGUCACGGGCCUGACUUGGCUCACGGGCCUGACUUGGCCCACGGGCCUUGUGUUUGACGCAUGGAGUGACGUUUUUCUCACAAAGUCAGUGCCACAAUUUGUAAAUCAAAACAUGAUUAGUUAAUUCUGCUUUCCCUUCCUAAUUUUGUGGGUGGUUAAUAUAACAUGCAAGGCCUUCAGUCCAGCUUCUGAAGUCCUGACCAGUGGGAGAGCUCGCUUAGCUGUGUCUGCCUAGAUACCAAAGAGGAAAAAACUCCUGAUUGGACAAGUGUCCAUUUCAAGAUUUAGGUUUGGUUUCCAACCAAAACUUAAAAAUGAAAUAAAGGCAUUACUUUAAUACUUAGUUUAAAUACAACAAGCAUGAUGAUUAUUUUAAGUAAAAUGAACUGAAAAUAACAGACAUGCUUUCUUUUGUAACAAAGAGAUAUUUUUUUAAGUUUUAAACUAUUUGGGCCAGCUUCUGCGCCAGAAUGUAACUGCUGCACCAUUUAAGGUGGAACGGGAAAAUUCGAACAAGAAUCCGGCGAAUAUCUGACUUCAGCUUCAUAUCACUGAAGAAUUAGGGGUGGGUGAUAAUAAAUAAUCACCCCCUUCUUUGAAGGCAUAUGAUGCCCUAAAUGUAACUAAAGCCCAGCAGUGAGGAGCUGAACUUUACCCUACCUUACUUUAGAAAUGGGAUUGGGCCUUAGUCUGUAUUUGUUAUAUAUCUAAUGGUACUGUAUUUUUGGAACCUUGUGAAUUUGAUUUCUUGGUUGAGCAUUAUAAUAUAAAACUAUGAAUUAUGUUAUGUCAUGUUAUGUACACAUACAGGGUUCUACAGUAAACAGAAUGGUUCUUUUUCAUGCUUAAACAGUUCUUUGCAUGGUGAAAUGCUUCUUCAGACUGAUGGAGAACAUGUUUAUGGUUCUAUAUCGCUAUAUUCUAUAAACGCUUUAUCUCCAUUUUUGUCAUUUUUCAGUUUUUGACAUAAUUUGAAAAUAACUGUUGUUCUUUACAUUGUAUGUAAAUGUAAAGAACAAUGGACCAAA